AAAUUCCUGAAUCUUAGACUAUCAAAACAUUUCCAGCUUCCUGAGGUUUCCCCCACAUUGCCUUCCUGUUAUUUUGGGUUUUGCUUGCCCAGAACAGCUCUGCCAGAGCCUGUCUUUGAUACACUGAGGUUUGGUUUUAAUCCUGUUUCUCCACUGACAGAUUUGUACGAACCCUCUCCGCCGCAGCAGCAGCAGCAGCAGCAGCCUCGUCCCCAGGCUGUGCCCAAGACUCGGAAGCAAUCACAACGGGAAAAAGCCCUCCAGCAGCAAAGCCAGAGGCUGGGGCUGCAGGGAGGAGCAGCCUCUGUCACUCCAGAACAGCUUCUUUCUCCACCACAACCCAAACCGUGUCACCCCCAGCAGCCCGAGCCGGCAGCUGGGGAUCAGAGGCAAAGGGACAGCCAAGAGCAGCAGGAGGGAGUGACACCGGCAGAGUCUUGUAAUGGCAGGGACAGUGCCCAGCCCCGCCCUACAAAGCCCAACAGCCAAGUGGAGAGAAAGAAAGUGGAAUUGCAGGAAAAAUCCCGAUGGGAAAUCCUCCAGCAGGAGCAGCGGCUGAUAGAAGAGAAGAAUAAACGCAAGAAGGCACUCCUGGCCAGAGCCAUUGCUGAGAGAUCCAAAAGAACUCAAGCUGAAACAGUGAAACUGAAGAGGAUUCAGAAGGAGCUGCAGGCUCUGGAUGACAUGGUGUCUGCUGACAUCGGGAUCCUGAGGAACCGCAUCGACCAGGCCAGCCUGGACUACUCCUAUGCCCGGUAAGUGACGCGCAGGGAGGAGGGAACAGGGAACAGCCCUGCCUGAGGGGAAGGGAAAAUGCUGUUUCCUCUCACUGCAGCACUAAUGAAGUCCUGUCACUGUAAUAAGGUGUAGCUGAAGUGCUCACAGUCUGGGGGGGCUUUCAGAUCUGGAAGUAAAAGUAUGCUUUUUAUUUCCUAAUUUUUCCCUUGGAAUCUGGGAACUGAAGCAGGUUUUCUGACUGGAGACUGCUGUCACAAGACAUAGGUCCUGCUUUAAGUGUGUAGUUGUUCAUAAGCCCUGCUUUAUUGUUUCAAGGUUAUUUUUUCUCAGAGGGAAAGAGGUUUUUUUUUGAAAAGUCCUGAAAUGAGAAUCCUGUUCAGGGAAAUUUGCUUGCUUAUGACAGCUCUGGUCCUGCUGGAAUCAACGGGACCAAUUAAGCUUCAAACAUACAAUUCUGCAGAAGAAUUUUUGCAGCUGGGACCAAAAAUUGAAGGAAGAAGGAAGCUUUUAACCCUUCACAAUGUGCCUUUAAUCAGCCUGGGUGUGAUGAGUUCCUUAAAGGCAAGAAAUUAAUGGGAACACCCCAUUAGCUGUGGGUAAACCACAACAUCAGUAGAUAAACAGCAGCAUGUUUGUGCAGCCGUUUCAUAAAGCAGAAAUGUUCACUUUGUGGUUUUUGGUUCACCAUUCAAUCUGUUAAAUGUUCAUUUCUCCUUCUGACUUCUGCCAUACCAUGACCACAGGCCAAUAAAGCUGGUAAUUAGUCUUGAAAAAAAUAGCAGUGGUAGCUACAAAAAUUAAGAUUUCUUUGGUGUAAUUAUCAUUUGAAAUGUCUAAGAUUACCUGUAGUUAGUGUAGCUGAUUGCAUGUGAACCCAGAAUUUCAUGUCCUCAAGAGGAAGAACAUUUCAAUGGAUAUGAGGUUUCAUCUGGUUUCUAAAAACAUUAAAUGUUCCUGAAAUCUUCUUACCCAAGUUUUGUGAUAAUGUAUCUAUUUGAAACCCUUACUGGCUAAAGACCACAAGCAGCUCUUGACAUUAGGAAAGCAGUUUUUAAUGACAAUAGCAAAAGGAGAUAAUAGUAGGAACGAGUGGGUAAACUUCACCAAAAUCUUAAUGAUUUUCAUUAAUUUAGCAGGUGUUUCCUUGAGGUAGGUACUUCCAGUGUUGUAGUCUAGUCUAGUUUUUUUCUAGGGCUAAAACAAAAAGCAUUUCAGUGGGUCAGGAAAGUGCAAUAUUAAAUAGUCCUGAGCACAUACCUAGUUAGCAACAUUUGACAAUUGCUGUGGAAUAGAAUUUUUGUAAAUACAAUGUGAUUAAUGGGUGGGAAUUCAGCCCAAAGAUUUAGCUGAGCAGAUGUUUACAACAUAGCAUUAAUUUUACCACUUCAGGCAUCUGACCCAGAGAAAUCUUGACUUUCUUGAGAGGGAAACAUAAGUGGGCGUCUUCUGCCCACUGCAGACAUAGCCUUUACAGCUGUGUAAAAGUCAUAUUAUUUAAAAGAUAUUUGGGAAGGCUUUUCUAUGUCUUAUUUCCUUCUGUUUCACUAAGCAAAGGACCUCUCCUAUCUUCCUGUUGCUUUGUUUAGGCAGAUACUGGAAUUUGGUUUUAUAAAAGAGCUGGAUUCUUUUAUUCAACCACCUGACCAGUUUUUUGAGUGCUCUGCAGUCAGGCUGCAAAAGCCUUUGUGUGUCCCCUUUAUUGAUAAGCAAAAUUGCAUCUAUCUUUUAAUUAGAAUUAAUACACAGGUUCACUGAUGUAGUGAAAGAUGCAUCAUUAAUGUGGACACCAGCCAUUAAAGUGCUAGAUAUUCUUUGUGUGUUAACUUAAUAAAUACUUAGAAUAUUCCAUUUUUUGCUGUACUUGUCAUGACAGGAAGUGCAAAUUGGCAGGAGGUGAGUGUCGGGACGGAUGUUUGCAAUAAAAUUCUACAUCUGUGUUGAUGUCAUGUGCAGUGUCAGUCUGUGCUGCCCCUGGUUUUCUGAACAUGGGUAUGGGUGGCCAGAAAAGCACAGGAUCCAAAUGUCAACGUGCUCCAUCGAGCAUCUGUAUCUGUGGGGUUAGAAAAACACCCGGCUGCUUUGUGGUGUUUCAGUUCACUGAGUGGGUGUUCCCAUUAGAAGUGUGAAAACACUGCAAUUUCUGAUGGGUUCUUUCUGCUGCCAGUGAUGCAUCUCUUCAAACAGGCAGUAAAAAUGGGUGUUUGUGAUUCAAUCUGAGCAAGUUAACUCUUAGAAUACACAACAGCAGAGUCCCCAGUGUCCAGAGAAGUUUUGAUCCAUUCACUCUUCUUCCCUCUUGCUGAUGUGGCAGCACAUCAUGAACAGCUGGCACAAUGCAUUGCAGAGCAC